CACAAAUCUCGUGUUCUUGGAUCCCAAAGUUUGAAACUUUCAUGGAUUGGCUUCUUCUUCUUCUUCUCUCGUAACCUAACCCUAACAGCUCAAAUCCAAACCUAAAAUGGCCGAAGACGACACUCUGUUCUGUCAACAACACGACCUAAUUGAUCCCAUGGAUCCAAUUUCGUCAAUGAUUGUCAUCAGAGACUCACCAAUCUUCGCCAAACACGACCACCUCGUCUUCCCACCAAUCAACCACGAGAAUCUCCCUUCUUCAAUCUCCGAAUUCGAUAACAGAUUCCUCGAAUCUCCAUCCGAAUCCGAAUCACCUUCAUCUUCCUCCAGAGGCUCUGCUUCCUCUUUCUCCUCCUUCCCUUCUGACUCAGACGCACAACCUCCACUCACUGCGUCAGAAAAUGAAGAGAAAUUCGAAUCUCCGCCUUUGGCAGGCUUUAAACGAGGAGGAGAGUCUCCACCGCCUCCGAGGAGAGUGUUGUACCGUGAAGCUGAUGAUGUGAUUCAGCGUUGGUGGGAGCUUCUUCUCGUUCGUGUUUACUCCAAGUUCAAGAAUUUGAUGACGUGGCUCUCGGCGACUGUGAGGACGUUUUAUCCGGUUAUUGGCGUUGCGGUUUGGUGGUGGAUGCGUGUACGAGCUCGUCGGAGACGUGUUAAUGGAGAAGCCACGGGUCGUCUUCGAGAUGCGAUCAAAGAGAGAGACGAGAGGAUAGUUCAGCUAUUGCAUCAGGUUGCUCAAAUGAAUGAGUUACUGAUAAAACACCACAAGGAGAUCGUUUCAAGAAGAUGAUGAUUAUUCAUCACAAUUCAAAAACUCUUUUAGCUUCUUUUUUACUUGAUUCUUUUGUUUCUUGUUUUAUAUUCUUUCGCUAGUCACACUCUGUUUCUAUGUAAAAUUCUUACAGUUUCAAUCUCUCUUAAAUAAGACAAGACGUAGACUUUUUUACCAGUUCUAAUCCACCGCAUGAACUUCCCUUUCUUUGAAAUUACAGUGAAAGUUACUUGAACAAAUUGAUGUAG